GUGUCAACUUUGUUUUUUUAGUUGUACUUUAGAUUGUACGUAAAUUGAGAAAAAUGUAAAAUAAAAGUUGCUUCAGUUAUAUUUAAUAUUUGUAAAUGACAAAUAAGGAAAUAGUAAUAAUUUUUAAAAAAUACAAGUUUAAUAUUACGCUGAAAGUCAAGAAUUUGAGAUUCAGACUUAUUGAUAUAUAGGUAACUAAGUAAAUAAAGUGAAUCAUGGAUAUAAAAUAUGGAUUUCUAUUAAAUUUUAUUAUAGUUCACUUAUUACUGGGACUAGUACAUAGUCAAAGAACCAAAGAUAAAAUGUAUGAAAACAUUAUUGGUACAAAAGGUUGUUAUAGACGAUUAAAUUCCACUCAUCAAAUUGGAUGUACAUCUAAAAGGGGAGGUUCUACAGGUGUCAUUCACUAUUGCAGAGAUUUAGAUGACUUGAAUUUUAUUCUAAGCAAAGGAAUAUCCGGUCCGUAUGUACCAGUCCUUCCAACAAGAUUUUUAACCAUAGAAACAGUAGAUAAAUUAAUAACUAGUCAACAGAUAUCUGGCUUGAUACUGCAUCCAAAUAACGAAACACUGAACAGCUUCACACAUGAGAACCAAUGCCCAAAUCCUCAAUCAAGUUUAGAGAAUACUUGUAGCAAAAACUCAACUUGGAACCCUUACGGUACUGGCUUAAUAUAUAGAGAUAUUCCAUUUCCAAUUUUUUAUGUAGAAAGCGAAGAGGAAAUUGAAAAAAUGAGAAAGUGUUUCGAGAAGUUCAAUAACUUUGAUUAUGACAAUCACAAAGACAGAUCCCUUUGCUCACUAGAACUAAAAUCCUUUAUGUAUGCCACAACAAACUCUCAGACUUGCAGACGACGGUCAAACAUCAUAACAAACUUAAACCCUAUAACAUUCUGCGAUCCAUUAGGCGACAACAACGUAUGGGCCACGUUAUAUCCCCUUGUCAAAGGUCCAAGGAGGAAUGAAACAAAACCCAUAACGGACUUCAAAUAUAUCGUUAUUGCGACCCGUAUGGACACUACAUCAAUGUUUGAAAAAACCUCAGGUGCCAACAAUCCAGUGACGGGUAUCGUUACGUUAUUGUACACUGCAAAACUAUUGAAAUCUAUGUUGAGCGAAGAAAACAUACAAACUGCCAAAAAAAAUAUUCUUUUCAUACUAUUUAAUGGAGAAACAUUUGACUAUAUUGGAUCUCAAAGGAUGGUAUACGAUAUGGAGAGAGGAAACUUCCCGAUUAAAGGUUUAAAGGACAAUAAUAAUAUACUACCUAUAAUAAGGCCUGAGAAUAUUAGUUUGUUUAUCGAGUUAAGUCAGUUGGGUAACAGCAGGGAUCUUUUCGUACACUACUUAAAGCCAACUACAGAGAUAGAAAGUUUUUACAAUAAACUGAAUUAUAACGGAAGUUACGUACAUUUCCAAAAUGUACCUUUGAGUUUACCGCCGUCUUCGCUGCACUCGUUUUUGAGAAAUAAUUCAGAUUUUCCCGGAUUGGUGAUUGCAGACCACGAGAGAAGCUACACCAACUUUUUCUAUAAUUCCGUAUAUGAUAACGCUUCUAAUAUAGGGUACAAGUACUACGAUUCGGAAAGUCAAGUUAAUAUCCCAGAAGACAGUAUCCAACGGUUUAUUGUUAAUAUAUCGGAAAUUGUAGCAAAAAGCGUCUACGAAACUAUCACAGGAAAUACUUACUCUGGAGAAGUGGCGACUGAUGCAGUUUUGGUUGACGAAAUGUUUCAUUGCUACUUAGAAGAUCCCAACUGCAAAAUACACACAGCGACUCAAAAAAUUAAACUAUCCAAAACGCCAAGUAGCUUGUAUGUGGGGGUGGAUCGAGUGUCGAAUUAUGCCACAACACUCACCUCCUUAACCCUCGGUUGGUUUACGGGGAUCGUAGAGGGCAAGGGAGAUAUCAACUGUACAAACAAACCGAGAAAUUAUGCAUUCCACUAUUUCAAUAUGUCGAAAAGUAUAUACGAAUUGAACGUUACGCUGUGCUACAAGGUUACGAUGAAUUUGACGGAAGCUAAGAGUCCGGCGUUCUUGAUAGAAGAUUAUGACUGGUCCUCCGGUUUGUACAGCUCUUGGACGGAAUCUGUCUGGUGGGAGAUGGGAGCCAGGAUGUUUUUGAGGCCGUCGGCGGCCCACGAGAAAAUGACCAUAGCGAUCGGUUCCAUGUCUAUGAUAUUUUCGUUUAUUGUCGUUUAUUUUGCCAAAACCCGGUCACACAUUUUAUUCACGUCACCCUUACCCUCGGAAGCUCCGGCGGACUGCUAAGGUAUUUAAGUAUUUUUCGUACUGAUCAAUAACGGACUGUCAAUUUAAAACGUUUCUUUAAUUUUAUUACUUUGAGGAAUCAUACACAGGCCCAUUGUGAAUUUUCAGUACCGCUUUGUAAUUUCUGUACACAAAUUCGUGGGUUACACUUAAAAUAUGCAAUUCACAUGAUUUAAUAUUUUAAUGUAACACAGUAACAAAUUGUGCUUCUAUAGCGAGGCUAUUGAUUCUGUUCCCAGUUCUUUGAAAAUAUUGUUUUAUUUCUUUUGAAAUUAUUUGGUACCCGUUGGACCGAUUAAAUAUUGUCAAACGUUCAUUGUGAUUCAUUUUUACAUUGUAAAGUAAUGUUUUUGUACCAUUCUCGUUUAAAGUAACUAGGUUAAUCUUAUCUAAUUUAUUUUAAUAACUAUGUAUAUACCGUAAUGAUCUAAUAAGUAAAAUUUGCUUAGUUAAUGAGAA